AUGUUGCGCUGCACAUGCAUCAUUGUACUCCUCCUCCUGCUUCUAUCGUUGCUGAGGAAUGUGUUGUUGUUCGACGAUGACGGAGAGUUUGGUGAGCCCCCGAAAUUUCGAUUUCUAACAGGCUCCACAUUGUCCAAUAUUACAUAUGAAGACAGUCUGUUUCUCAGUUCUGGAAACGUGACGCUCAUCAUGCCCACCGACGGCGACGCCGUGGAGACGAUACAACAAUGCCUGCGUGAUGACUCCACACUCGUGCGUUCACUCUGUGCACCAACCUAUGACGCCCCUUCCACAUCGCUCCUCACCGUUAAUGUGGUGGUGGUAAGGCUUGCCACGGUGAUGGCACCAGAAUGGGCGCAACAGGAAGGGAUGACUGCAGUUCGUGAGUCAGAUAUUGAGGUGACUGGGCGUUUGUGGAAUCAUUGGAGCAUUCGAGACACAUUAGCAACGCAACAAGUGACCGCCAAGGGUCCAGCGAUGUUUUGCCGUAUUGGGGACGUGCGGCUCGUCGCUCCUGCGCCACAAUGGAACGAAGAUACCUGUGCCACUUGCGCAGUGCGGGAGGAGUGGCUGUACGACACCGCUGUGAAGGCGGGGUUGACGGCCAGCGGAGAACAAACUCCGUACUUUGCCGUGAUAGCUGAAUCACUUGUGCCUGUGGUAGUGCCAAGGACGCAUAGUAAUGCGCGGGGAAGAGGAGGUGGGUUCCUCCAGCGCUUAAUCUCGCCGCUGCGCCACAAUAACGGCCGGGUAGCGGCUGUGCAAUGCACCAUAUUGACUAACAAAGCACAUUCCUCUUCAGCUGCUGCUGCCUCGGGGGCUAGUGGUGGCUUAUCACCUAAUGGCUGGCGUGGUGGAAACUCGUCUUGCAUGUCGGUUAACCACGUAGUCCUUGAUCGGGGCGCUCGUGUGGGAUUUGGUGCAAGUCCAGCAACUGGUGUGACAAGCCAGUUCCUAACGCUUUCCAUGCUGGGCUACGAUGCACGCGAUGCGAGGGUGCAGGAAUGGGAGGAGCCGCUAGAUGCCGUCUCUCCAUAUUGUGGCUUGUUUCACCGGCAGUUAUUUGAUAUGGCGGGUGGUUUUCUCUAUAAUUUGGAGGGGGAUGCAUUCAAUUCCAUGAAACCCGAUGCCCCCGGAUACAUGGGAUGGUCCAUGUCGCUCCGUAUAUCGCACAUGCAGCCCGAGGUGGAGUUUUGGAGCAGCACCGCACUCGCCGUUGCCUGGCGCUCUUUGGACUUGCGAUGCAGUAUCCUUCCAGUCCGAGAAGAAGGACAGAGACAACAGCAGCAGAAGAAGGAUAAAUACUGUCGAUUCAGUCCCAUGCGUGCGUCCUACGUGUUGAAUCCACAGCAGACGAGAAAGUGGGGAAAUCACUUAGCGGAACGGGCUCGUCGUCGGGUAAUGAGUUAUUCGUGGGAAGCAGCUCAGUACGGCACGCCUGCGCUGCAUGUGACGUCUAACACGACACAAAUACAAGGGGGAAAGCUGGUGCACAUCAGUGUCCAUAACCGAUACUGCAAUACUGGCUGCUCUGGUAUGAUGUUGGAGAUGCUACACUACGUCGCACCUCUGCAGUCCUGGGGUAUUCCCUUCUCCUUCGUCGGCCAUAAGUGUAGGUGGUGUAAGACGGCGCCGUUGCCCGUGCUUGAUGGGCUAUACAGGACUCAAUGGGUCACACGUAUAUGGAAGUCACGUGUGACGCAAUUCAACACCGUCUCGCUGUUCCACGACGGCCCGACCACAAAACUGGAGCGCUUUGGCAGGGUGCGGCAGCGGCCGGGGUACGCGGUUGGCCGCAUUAUCACGGAGAUGUCACGCAUCUCUGCAGUGGAGGUUGAGCGCAUCCACCGCCACCUUGACGAGGUGUGGGCGCCGUCUUCCUUCUUCAAGUCCAUUUAUGAGAGGUCGGGGGUGAAACACGGCAUGAUUCAUGUUAUUCCCGAGUCCAUCGAUGCCUUCACAUUUGAUCCAGCGCUCCAGGAACCCAUUGAUCACACGCUCCCAGCGGUGCUUGCAGCGGCGUUGGGGAAGGAGGGCAUUUGGAGCAACCGCCCACUCGACGACGACGCACAGCCGCAGCAGAGUGGUGCUAAGAAGCGGCGACAUCGUUUUUUAAGUGUCUUCAAGUGGGAGUUCCGCAAAGGCUGGGACGUCUUGCUCAAGGCUUACUGGGAGGCCUUCGGUUCUGGGAAGCCGCACCACGAUGAUGUGGUCUUGUACAUCAAAGUGAAUUUCCUGCUCAAGUUCUCGGAUGGUGUAAGCUUCUCCACCCUGCCGCGUUUUCUUGAGCAUUGGGUGCGCGACACGAUGCAGUUGCCCAUCACCCUUGCCGACUUCCCGCCCAUUGUCAUCAUUGGCGUUGAGGGCAUGUCGCAGGAUUUGUUGCUACGUCUCUACCGCUCCGUCGAUGCCUUUGUGCUGCCCACGCGCGCAGAGGGAUGGGGCGUGCCGGCGAUGGAGGCGAUGUCGAUGGCGCUGCCGGUGCUCACCACCAACUGGGGCGGCUCCACUGCCUUCGCAACACGUGAGAACUCCUUCCUUAUUCCAGUGGACGGCCUCGAAGAGCUGCCACCGCGCAGCGUGUACGGCUACGAGCCUGGCAAGAAGUACGCGAUGCCGAGCGUGGCAGGGACGGCGGCGUUGAUGCAGUACGUGUUGCAGCAUCCCGAGCACGCGCGUGAGGUGGGGCGUCGUGCGCGGCGGAGCGUAGAGGCGAAUUACACCGAGGAGGUGGUGGCGAGUCAGAUGGUGCGGCGGCUACGUGAGAUUGCACAGCCGCAGCGCCGGCAAUAA